CUACGAUGCUCUAUUUACCUUUCUUUACACAUCAUUUCAUUGUGCAGUGCAAUUACAUCUGCUUUGAGUUGAUGUUCUGUUUGCCUGUUGCAGAGUGCUGUGUCAAGUUCAGAAUUUAUGUAAAUUUAAAAGAGUUGUAACUAACUACUACACACUUGGUGAUGAACAAAUACAUGCAUUUCACUUCUUGUGAUAGGAAGGCUUACAAUGCUCUCUUCCAUAGCAAUCUUGUCAUCCAGCUUCUGCUCAGCAGGGAUUCAAGAUUCAUCCAAUUGUGUUUCAGUUAAAACUUACUCAUCCGAAGGUUCUUCUGUUCUCAUCUUCAGCCAGCACCGCGGUUCGUCAACUUGUUGUCUCAGCACGAGGUCGUCCGUAUCGUUUACCUUCAUAUUGAUGGCAUUGCCCGCUGGAUUCUAUAUUUAUCCCAGCCAUCCGACCCCCAUCGCCAGGCAGACCCUGGCAUCGGCUAACUAACCCUGGCGCUGCAAGGUGAAACUCUUUCAUAAAUACCAAUUUAGGUUAGAUGCCAGGCCGUUAGCUCGGCUGGUUGGUGACAAAGACCAACUCCAUGCUGCUUGGGUUAGUUACGAUGUAACUUAUGUAUGCUCUGCUCUUGUCCGCCAACACCCGGACACGAGACGUGUGUGUGGGAACACGCGGAGGCGUCAACACUUCUUUCAAGAGUGGUCUCUUGGAUAAAAUGAAGGCCAAGCACCCCGGUGAUAACCAAAUGGAUACAGACCAACAUGCAGACAAGCUCUCUGCGGAAUCAUGCCUGGGCUGUGCACAGACGGGUAUCGUGAGACGAGCUUGCUGUUACGAUUUGAGUUCGUCAAUUUUGAGACGCCAAUGAUCAGCCACCCCUAGAUCGAGCUAGUAUCCCGACUAAACGGGCCAGGCUUUUUCGGGGGUGUUUCCUGGGCUUCAUCACCCGAUUCGGCGCCCAUGCUUGGGAAGGAAGCCUCGAACACUUGGGCACCACAUCAUGGUUAUCGCAUACAGCAGCUAUGUACUACUGUACCUUGGUAUCAUGGUUUGGCGCAUGGCCUCAAAUGAUCGGAACGCCGAGCAAAUCGCGAUCUUCGUAGGUUGACCGCCCUUGAACUUAUCGUCGACGGAGAAAGUGGGAAUGACAAGUCUAUUACGAUGAACCCGAGGAGGUUUGAUACCUUUUUUCAAUACUAUUGAGGCCUAGCCAAACAGGCUAAACAAGCUCACAACCCAUACAUACACCGUAAACGAACAACGAGAAAGAAUCAUGAUGAUGCACCCACAAGGUCCGAGUUGCGACGGGGACACGAGGCGGGGCGGGCUGCGCUUGUUCAACAGCAAAGGGAGAAUGAUUUUUUUUCCUCGGAGAAGAACUCUGUCGCAGAAACUGCGACGGUAAUGGGUUCUUAUAAGUCAAAGGAUCGCCGAUCUCACCGACUCCUUGCAGACUGAAGGUCAGCGAUUUACUGUUCCAGUGACACAGGAGCUCUGGGUUGGGUCUCCGGAAGGGAGAUCCCUCAUCCUUUUCUUUUCAUGAUUAAAAAACAUUUUUCUCGGUGCCCUCCGUGGUUGAGCAUUUUUAUUUUCUGCUUUUGCUUCAUGGCGUCGCUCGUGCCAUUCAUAUGUCUACUAUUAUUCCUAAGUAAUACUUUCCAAUCGGCCCAUGCCGUGGAGCCAUUGGUUAACUUAGGUUAUGUCGAAUACAAGGGAGUGGAAAACCCUGGAGGGGUCACUCAAUGGCUUGGAAUGCGAUAUGCUGCACCUCCGCUGGGGAAUCUUCGAUUCUCAGCACCUGAGGAUCCAGUGAAAGAAAAAAAGAAACAACGUGCAGAUAAAUUUGGCCAUAGCUGCCUAGCAACUAGAUCCGUGCCACGGAAACAUACUUCAGAAGACUGCCUUUUUAUCAAUGUUUAUGGUCCAUCGAACUCUAAAUCGGACUCUAAACUCCCUGUUUAUUUUUAUAUUCAGGGUGGUGGCUUCAAUGCUAACGCCGGUGCGCGUCUCAACGGUACCGGCCUCGUAGAGGCCUCGGGCAUGAAUAUUAUCGUUGUGACUUUCAACUAUCGUGUUGGGCUUUAUGGAUUCCUUGCAAGCAAGGAGAUCAGGGAAAAGGCCAGUCUUAACAAUGGCCUGAAAGACCAAAUGAAGGCUCUUGAAUGGGUUAACAAACAUAUUAAACAGUUCGGUGGAGAUCCUGGCCAUGUCACAAUCGGCGGGGAUAGUGCUGGUGCGGCUUCUGUAUACUAUUUGCUCAGUGCUUUCGGAGGUAGAGGGGUCAACACUUUCCACGCGGCAGCGGCAGGUUCCCCUUCAUUUGGGACACAGCUUAAUAUCCGAGAAAGCCAGUAUAUGUAUGACAAUCUCGUCAAGAAUACGAAAUGCACAGGCAAAGAUUCCCUUGCUUGUCUCCGCAAGGUUGAUGUGAAGAGAAUGCAAAAACUUGACCAGCGUUAUCCGCUCCCUGGCGGCAUUAGCCCACCACUGUUCAUGUACAGUCCAACCGUCGACGGCUAUUUAAUUCAGGACUAUACCUACAAGCUUUUCGCGAGAGGCCAGUUCAAAAAAGUCCCCAUGAUAUUCGGCGCAGACAAUAACGAAGGUACCGUUUUCGUCCCCAGAAACACAAGCAGCUUCAAAGAAUCCGACACUUUCCUGAAAAACCAAUUCCCAGCCAUGAAGAAAAAGCACUUCCGUAAGAUCCAUGAACUUUACCCAAAGACCAACGACGUGUUUCCCGAAGCCAAAAGAAAAUAUGGCCCAUACUGGCGCCAGGGAAGCAACGCCUACGGCGAAAUGCGAUACAACUGCCCCGCUAUCAUCCUCACCGUUGCAGGUAGCAUGCACGGCGAUCCGAGUAAAGUAUGGAAUUUUCACUAUGACGUUGAGGACCCUCCGGCUAUGAAAAACGGCAUUGGAGUCCCUCACACGGCUCACAUGGCGGCCAUAUGGGGCCCAAAGUACGCCUACGGACCCGGCUCAUAUAGGGGCAAAGGAGUUAAUGCGCCUAUUGUGCCCGUUGUGCAAGGGUACUGGACAAGUUUUAUACGCAGCUAUGAUCCAAAUAUACAUCGAGUCAAGGGCAGCCCUGUGUGGGGAACUGUUACGACGGCGAAGACUGGGAAAGCGCUGCACCAACUGUACGUCAAAACACGCAAGACGAAGACAAGGCUUAUCGAUAAGAAGCAAAUAGAGAGAUGCGAGUAUCUGCUUCGUGUUGGGGCGGAGGAGCUUAAAAUGUGACAUAUACCUGGAGGGUGACCUCUUCUUGUGUGUUUUAUUAGCUUUGGUUUGUUUCAUCUACAUUUCUUGUUUUAGAUUGCGGUGGCGCCGGGAGAAUUGUGGUUCUUUUCUGCUUCAUCUUAUUCCAUUGGCUUUUUGCGACAUUUAGGGCCCGUUUUAGAGAUGUCUGUCGCAUCUGAUUUGGUGUAUAGAUACCCAAGAUCGACGGAGUUAUGGAAAAGAAUAACAGAUGUUGUUUAGUUCAUCACGUUUCAAACAUUACAAACCUCGCGCCGUUUCAUUUUUAUAUACGCCCCUUGAACUCUAAAAUGGCCGUAGCCGCAUCCACAACCGUAGUCCCUAAAACAGUACAUUGAAGAAAGAAAAUAUAUAGUUAGGUAUAUAGAUGUAAUCAAAAGUAAAAAUGAACGAAAAA